UUAUCAGCAGCAACUUCAAGGAAGUACAUUUUAGUAUGCAAUAUAAUGUUUAUGUGAAAUGUGCGGUGAAAUUGUUUGAAAAAGAAUAAAUAAUUUAUCCUAAGAAAUAAGUUGAAUACGUUGGAUAUGUCGCAUUGGAAAAGUAACAAAGAAUGGGUUGUGUCAAUAGUCGAACAGAUAUUAAUGAUCUACAUCCAAAUGUUUUUCAAGUGAUGAAUGUAGAUGAUUUAGGUAAUUUAAUUACACCUGGACGUUUAGAAGUUACAGAAACUGAUAUAGUGCUAUAUCAACGUGGUAAACAACCUAUUAAGUGGCCACUACGUUGUUUAAGGCGAUAUGGUUAUGAUGCUGAAAUUUUUAGUUUUGAAUCAGGAAGAAGAUGUUCUACAGGUCCAGGCAUUUAUGCUUUUAAAUGCCGUAGAGCUGCACAUUUAUUUAAUCUUGUGCAAACAAAUAUUCAGGUUUGUAAUAAUAGUGGAGAUGAUACAAUGUCUAGAGAACUUCCAGUUGCUUCUCAUGCUGCUCCAACAGUAACAAGAGUGACAAUACCAGUUGAGCCUAAUUAUUUGGAUCCUAUAUUAAAUAGAUCUAAUAAUCAUAUGGGUCCUAGAUUUGUUCAUAAUCAACAAAAUGGAGUUGGAAGACUCGAUAGUGUAGGAAGUAGCACUGGUUUUAUGUCAUCUCAAGGAAACAUAAACUCUCCUACAUCACCUCCUGUGCUGCCACCACCACCACCACCACCACCACCACCAUUUCCUCAACCACAUCCGUCCUCACUUUAUGUAAAUGAAGAAGUAUUGUCCUCUCUCUCAUUAGAAAUGGAACAUAAUAACAACAAAAGCCUUAGAAGAGCAAUACAGAGGUCUUGUACAGUCAGUAAUUCUAUAUCUGAUAAUGGAUCAGCAUCAAUGGAACUAACAUCUGUUCAUAAAAAUACAGAAAUCACUUCUCAAAUUAAAUCACCACUUUCAAUAGCAACUUAUAUAAAUAUAGAUAUUAAUAAUGAUGUUAGUCUAUUAUCUCCAACUCAUAGUAUAUCUGAAAUAAUGCAAUUUAAAGAAGAUAAAAAUGAAAAUAAUGAAUGUGGACAUGCUUAUAUAAAUAUAAAUCCUCAAGAACAUGCAGAAUCUUUUAGUGCUAAACCACGACCUUUACCAUUGUCGUCUAUUCAAUCUGAUAUAGAAGAAACAACAAGACAUUGUUAUGCUAAUUUAGAAUCAAAUGAAAUUGAAAAUUUAAGGAAAAGAUUUUCCGGAGUAUCGAUUGCGGAGAAAUCGCCUUUACCUCCAUCAACGCCUACAGGUGGUCCAAUUAGAGAAGUAAAUUAUGCUGUAUUAGAUUUGGAUACAAAAGAUGUGCCAAUGAAUUUACCAUUAGAUGGUCCUUCAAAUUCUACUGCAUCUCCUCCAGAAUCUCCAAAUAAACUACAAAAAGGGUAUGCUACAAUAGAUUUUAAUAAAACAGCCGCUCUUUCUCAUUCAGUCAAUCCAAAUAUUGUAAAUGAUAACGAAGGUUCAAGAAAAACACGUCACAAUUCUACAAUUAGUGAUUUAGCAGCCUCUGGUAGGCGUAGUUCGUCUAUAAGCGAAUAAUAAGUUUUUUGUUUCCUGACUGUGCCUGCAUGUAUUGAAUAUCUGUAGCAUUUUAUAGAAAGUAUAAAAUAUUUGAUUAAAUA